AUGUCUCUCCCUGACUUCCCUAAACCAGAUGACUAUCUCCGCUCCUCACAUUAUUCCAUCACCUGUUCCCCUGAACUGCUCACCCAAACUGUCCCCGUUUCCCCCUUGUCCUCCGACGAUGAUACCCCCAUUACAGCACCCCCUCACUCCCAGCUCGCUGUUCGAUCCCUCAGAAAACCCUGCCAAGACCGCAAGAAGAAGAGAGAGACCCUCAUCUUCGGUACUGGUUUAUCCCAUCCCAUCUGCCCCACUCCAUCUCUUCUUGACGAAGACAAAGAGUCCUCCUCUGUGUUCAUCCGUGCACCCUCCGAAGAAACCUUUCGCGACUGCAACGGCAUAGAUUAUUCCACCAUCACUUGCCGCUAUUGCAGCGAGGAAGGGCAUCGCCAGAUCAAAUGCCUCAAAUACUUCUGCUGUGACCUGAGGGUGCCUAUUGAUCUGGCUCUUCACGAAGAGACUAGCCUUUACUCAAUCACUUCGCCAGAGUUCUACCUCUGGCUCGGUAGGAAGAUCAAAGAGGUUUGUAAGACCUGUCCUGCCUGCGAGGACAAGAAGGUCAAAUGUGUAAGGCUAAUUCCCGAGGCCGAAGAUGCUUUGCGGGAUAUAGUAGCAAAGAAGAAGGCUGCAACCACAUCUAAAGCAGUGGCUAAGGAGAAGAAGUCCCACAGCCACAAACCUGCGAAAUCAACGGCACCAUCGACCUCCUGUGUGCCCUCAAAGAGAUUGGUCGGUCGUGCAACUCGUUCUGGAGCGAGGAUGAGGAUCAUUUCUCCUACCAAGACUGAUUUGGAGGGUGACGUCAAGGUUGGUCAGUCAGCUGAUGUUGAUAUCGAUAUGCAUGCUCCAAUCCUGGAGCCCGGGAGUACCAAUGUUCCUAUUCCUGCUGAUGUUGAGCAUCCCCUCAUUGAUAUCAGUGCAGAAGGUCCUUUUGAUGAGGCCAGGAACAGUGAUUUGCAAUUUCCUCUGGCUGAUUUUGGGGUUGAAGCAGACACCCCAUUAAUCGACCUCAUCACUCCUUUGGAACCGGAGGUACCAGUCCCAUCCAUUCAACGUGCUCCUAUGGAUCCUCCGGCCGAUGUGCCAAUUCUUCCUUUCGGUGGGGACGUUGAAGAUACAGCUCGCCCGCCCACAUCGGUUGAUGCCCCUCCUGCUGCUGCACACCCUCCUCCCAUUGUUCUCCCUCAGGUCACAGCAAGAGACCUUCUGCUUGGUAUGGAGGCGCUCGGGAGGAGAAUGGAUGACCUUCAGGUGUCCAACAACCAGGCCCAGGCUUGGCAUGCGCAGAUGGGCAAGCGGGUGUCUGCAUUGGAGCAGGACUGGGAGAAAAAGUUUGCUCUCCUUGAGGCCAAGGUCAGCAACCUGGAGAUCAAGACUCUGAACAACUUGAUGAUAUCUGGUAACUUGGCUGGCCUCAUCAACUCCAUCCGCCCACCUAACAACCCCAACCCAUCCUUUGCGCCUCCUGCCAUCGCCGGCAGCAGUACUUCUCCUUAUGGCACCCUCCCCCCAUCUUGGUUCCCUGGGAAUCCUCCAGCACCUGCUCCCACAGAUGAGCCAUCGGUGUCACAUGUUGGUAGAAGGUACACUCAUGCUUGGGAUGAGUCGCAUGUGUCGCCCAAGACAUCAGACCCAGCUGGUCCAUCAGAUUUACCUGGUACUGCUUCGGCAUCACCAUCCAGUACAAAGUAG